AUGGCCCGUACCAAGCAGACCGCUCGUAAAUCGACUGGUGGAAAGGCACCAAGGAAGCAAUUAGCAACCAAGGCGGCCCGCAAAAGUGCCCCAGCCACCGGAGGAGUUAAGAAACCUCAUCGUUACAGGCCGGGAACCGUAGCUCUGAGAGAAAUCCGUCGUUACCAAAAAAGUACCGAACUUUUGAUCAGAAAACUACCAUUCCAACGUCUGGUUCGUGAAAUCGCACAGGACUUUAAGACCGAUCUUCGAUUCCAAAGCUCCGCUGUUAUGGCUUUACAAGAAGCCAGCGAGGCAUAUUUGGUGGGACUCUUCGAAGAUACCAAUCUUUGUGCCAUUCACGCCAAACGUGUAACUAUUAUGCCCAAAGAUAUACAAUUGGCCAGGCGGAUCAGGGGUGAACGUGCUUAAGUUUUUAAUUCCGUUCAUAUUACGGUUAAAAACGACCUUUAAAAAAAACGGUUCUUUUCAGAACCACUAUUUAAUAAUAAAAGAAAAUU